UUCGACCCCCUGGUUUUUAUCAAGCAGCUGCCGCCCCUGGAGUGCUGCGUUCCCGCACAUAGGCCGCUGCUACUGCCGCUGCAAACGCGCGCCAUGGCCCGGCGCAAGACGCUCGUCCUGGAUCUGGACGAGACGCUCGUACAUUCCUCCCUGGAAGCCGUAGAUCGCUCAGACUUUUCCUUUCCUGUCAUAUUCAACGGUACGGAACACCAGGUGUAUGUACGGCAGCGGCCGUACCUGCGCGAGUUCAUGGUCCGUGUGGCCGCUCUGUUCGAGGUGGUGGUGUUCACCGCCUCACAGCGAAUCUACGCGGAGAAGCUUCUGGACAUUUUGGAUCCACAGCAGCAGUUGGUACGACACCGGAUCUACCGGGACAGUUGCGUGGUGGUUGACGGAAACUACCUGAAGGAUCUCUCCAUCUUGGGUCGGGACCUGGCGACCACUGUCAUCGUGGACAACUCCCCGCAGGCUUUUGGGUUUCAGGUCGAUAACGGUAUACCCAUUGAGUCGUGGUACGACGACGAUAACGAUACGGAGCUGCUGCGGCUGCUGCCUUUCCUGGAGUGUUUGGCGGCGGCCGACGUGGCAGAUGUACGGCCCCGGAUUAGAUCGCAGUUUCGGUUGCGGGAACUGAUCGAUCGCGCGUGA